AUGACGCUUCACAGACCGGGAGAUUAUAUCGAGCCCUCGUCUGGAACUGCGAACAGCCCCUACAUCUCUGGACGCACACUCAUCGCCUGUCAAAACUGCGCGAGUGCAAAGACGGGCUGUGACAAAAAGAUCCCUUGCUCGAGAUGUAUCGAUAAAAAUCUACAAUGCACCGCCAGAUAUGCCCGUCGAGCCUCCAAGGCUGCGAUCCGGGCAGCACAAGCGACACCCUCAUCGACAAAGGGCCAGUUAACCGGCUUCUGCUUUGGAUCACAGCCAUUUCAAAAGACUUCCUUUUCUUUUGAUGUGGGACACUAUCCUGAAAACACUGCUCAAGAUUCCUCACAAGGUGUACGUGGAGAUGCAGAUCAACAGGAUGAUAGUCUCUGGGAUAUCCUCAACCCACUUUCGCCAUUAUCCGGCUACUCCGUUGUUGCCCCAUCGUUGGGUGGCAGCUCAUCUUAUUCAGAUAACCGGAACGCCUUUGAAAAUAAACAAAACUCGCCCAUCCCUAUCUUUUCCGAGUUUUCUACAAACCUUGACCUCCUCAACAACGACAUCUCGAUGAGAAUACCGAAAAGCCAUCGAUACUACCCAGAAAACCUACUCAACGACCCCAAUAGCUCCCAUACUCUCUUCGAGGUAUCAUACUUACCGAAGAUGAAAGAUUAUGCCGGUCUGGUCCACUCGCCGGAUGCUCGUGAAGACGCCUCUAGCUUCUUGGGGGGCAGUCACAAAUCCAGGCUCGACAUCUGCAGCGCCCCCAACCUGCCGCAUUCGCAAGAAACUCCAAGCUUAUCCAGUGCAAGAACUUGGAUAAAGAAGCUUAGACAAAAGGGACUAUUUGAUAGCCAUGCUCCAGACUUUGCUGUGGGCGAAUCGAUGCAGCUGCAUCAACAACCAAAGGCAAAGAGCCGGUACUCAACUCGCGAUAGAUUGUUAUAUAACUGGGUCAAAAUGGAUCACGAGCUGAGCCUCCUUUACGAUACGGCGCAGACCAUUUCCGCGUGCGACUUGGGACGCCCUCUCCCCGAUCCCGAACUUCCAUGGGAUACGAAAAACCUCUCGCAGACUAGCAAUCUGUAUCUUUUAGAUGGGUUAUACGCCGACAUUAAAACAGAAGAAACACUCGACUUUGAGCCUCGCCCGACCUUGAAUCAACUAUUCAAAGACUUUCUUCACGGGACCCUGCCAAAAAGAGUACCACCACGGCAUCUCCAGCUUCUUCUUCACCCGCUGCAAGCUCUGGUUCACCAUUCACAAAGUCUCCUUUAUUUGGCAAAGCACAGCUAUUCUCCUGUAUUAUCCGACGCAGCAAACUCUGCUCUACUAGAAUCGCAGAGACUUCUCCAAGAGUGGCACAGUCUAGCAAUGCAAUGUCAUACCGAAAAUCUCUACCCCCAAGAUACUACACCAGCCUUGAUCUUGUAUCAUUUCACAUGCCUCAACCUCGUGGCAAACUUCGUCGACAUCGAGCGCCUCGCCGACAGAGAGAGCCUCAGCAUCACCUUCUGGCAACAAUCUCUCCAAAACGAGAGAAGCAUCUUCAACCGCCAAGACGCCAUUUUCCACUGCGGCCAAGCGCUACGGUACUUGCGCGCCAUCAACGACGACGCACAUCCCUGGUGGUGGUCGACAGCCGUACACAGGGCAGUCUUGACGCUAUGGGCGGCUUCUACCCUUGGAUCCAGCCCAAGCCACGGUAAACCAGCGCCGUUCUCGCCAAAAGCCCCCUGGCCGCGAGAUUCCAUGGACGUGGACCCGAGAAUGAACAUGUCUGCUACCCCUGAGCCCUCCAUUGUCGCCAUUGACAACAUCACCCCUGAAGACCCUGUCCUCGGCGAUGCAGAUUGGAGCGAGAGGCACAUGCUUGUUCUCACCCGUCAAGACGAAGGGGCAGUGGUCUUGAGCGAUGCGGUGGGGAUUCUCCAAUAUGGUAUUUCGCUCAUAAAGGCGUUUCCAAGCUCACCUGGGGGGGAGGCGGUGGUUACGAAGUAUAUGGAUCUCGGGCAAGCUUGGGAGGGAAAUAAGAGCAGUCAGAUGUACUACCAAGAUUGA